AAAUGUCAAAUCCCCAAGCCCAGGAUGUCAUUCGAUGUCAAUACUGCGAGGACAAAUCUGCCGUCUUCCAUUGUGUUCCGUGUGGAGAUGAACUUUGCCCUGAGUGUAAAGUCUUUCAUCUUAAAAGCAAAGUUCCUUCAGGACACAACAUCAUCCGUCUCUCUGAGAGAUUUCAUCCAACCAAUCAGGUCAAAAUAUGUGAAGUUCACUUAUCAAAAGCAUAUGAGGCUUGUUGUGAAGAUUGCCUAGUCCCUGUUUGCAUUACGUGCAUUCAGGAAGAGCAUAACAAACACGCUAUUGGGAAGCUACAAGAACUUUAUGAGAAACAAAAGGCUGGAACCGCAGAAAAAUUGUCUAAAAUGAAAACACUGUGGAAAUCUGAAUUUACCCAAAGACUACUUGAUUUUAAAGAAGAAGAAAAUCAGAUGAAGACAAGUCAUAAAAUUGUGAGAAAGAAUAUGAAGAAACAAGCCGAGGAUUUCAUAGGCCAUAUCAGUGCUAUUAUGAAUAAAUGUUUUCAUGAUUCUGAAGAAGAUGAGAGAAAACAAUCAGAGGCAAUAUCUCUGCAGAAAAUGGAAGCUGAGAGAUUUGGGAAAAACAUAGAUCUUUUGAUAGAAAAAUUGGAAAGUCUCAUAGAGUCAAAUCAUCCUGUCGACCUAAUUUUGUACCGAAAGAAAAAUCCAGAUAUAUUUAAUGAAUUAAAACUUCCAGAGAAGUUUGACAUUGUUAUGCCUUCGUUCACAGCUGGCCAUUUUAACAAAUCUCUAAAUGAGCAGCAGUUUGGAAAAUAUACCGCGAAUCACGACAGCCAUGACAGUCAUUUAAAAUUAUGCGAUGAUAGCUUACAAAAUAAACAGCCGACUUCCUCUGCAAGCAAAACACUAUCCAUCAAAACUAUUUUGGGGUUUUCAGUAAAAAUUGGCGAAGCAAAAACUAAAAAAGAAAACUUAUUGUACGCGACUUGCCUUGAUGAUAGAUCAGCGUACAUCAGUGGGGAAGGUCCUGGAAUACUACUGAUAGACAGGUCAGGGACAGAGCUGGAUAACGUCAGUACUGACAGUAAACCAUGGGGUCUGGGUGUAAUGCAGGACGGAAGUUUGAUUUAUACUGACGGCAGCGAUAAAGCAAUCUAUAGUUUUUCACUCAGUAAAGAGAAAACAAAACUUAUAACUACUGAGCAUGGUCCUAGAGGACUGUGUUGUAUAAGGUCAGGUGAUAUUCUGGUCUGUAUGGGUUUGUUUAAUGCAGCAAGAGUAGUCAAGUACAGCAAAAGUGGGAAGAAGAUUCAGGAGUUCCAGACAGAUCAGAACGGGGAGAGGCUUUUUAUUCACCCACGGUUUAUUUGUGAAAAUGUGAACGAUGACUUUUGUAUUUCUGAUUUGAACUUUAUGAACAAUAAUGUGGUUGUCCUGAACAAGUCGGGAAAUCUACGGUUCAGAUAUGACGGGAAUGUAGUGUUUAAGACGUUAAAGGAAGAAUUCCAACCAAGUGGUGUGGCCACCGACAGUCUUGGUCACAUCCUUAUUGCAGACAACGCCAAUAAAGCCGUACAUCUGAUCAGCCAGGACGGAAAUUUCCUCUCUUACAUCCUGACAGAGGAUGAUGGGAUAUCACGACCAUGGGGUAUCUCUGUGGACACUUCUGACAACCUGUGGUUAGUAGAAGAAGAAAACACCUGUGUCAAAGUGUAUCAGUAUUUAUUGUAA